CAUCUCCCACUUGCUUGAGUUUUUCUUCCAUAUAUUAUUAUUUUUUUGUUGUUUUCUUUCUGUGCUUUAGCAAGUUGCAGUUAACUCACUUAGACUCAACACAUUACUUAAUAUUCAUCUAUUGUCCUAUCCCAUUAAUCUUUUGUUUAAAUCAGGAUUUCUUUGUUCCUUGAGUACAGUUCCACUUAUAAUUGCUUCCUCAGUUUUAACUCCAGAUAAAUCAGACUAGUGACACAAAUCAACGGGAAUCUAUUCCUUCCCCUUUACAAAUCCUUCAUCUCCACCAUCAUCACGCUGGUCACAUUUUUUGCUUCAGUCACUCAAAGUAUUUAACCAACUUUUGUAGCUGAAAGCGUCGAACCAGUUCUUCAUUUUAUAUUCCCCAGUUCACACCCAUAUAGUUCGUUUUAAUGGAAAUCUCACCCAGGAAAAUGGUCGGCACUCAAAGAAGAUCCAUUUCAAAAUCUGGCCCAUCUCUCUACCUUCAACCAUGUCCCAGCGAAGACGAGUUGAAGACAUCACAACGUAAUCAAUUCACAAGUGAUAUUGAAAAGCAAGGGGUACACUCCCGACUGGAUAAGAGUUUCAAAAUAUUGUACUUACUUGUCGUUGUUGCAUGUCUUUGUAUCAUUGGUGGAACCAUAACAAAUACCCUUGUAGCAAACCACAGAAUUAAUGCUUCACAGAAAUUAACUAUAGAGAAGUUCCAACAAGAUCAAGAUGAACUUCUCAGUAAGAUUUUGGACUCUGAUGUGUCAUCAUAUGCUAAACCUUCAUACGUGGAACUGGCCAUAAGCGGAGAAGAUGAAGAUCUUGAAGUAGGAAUUAUUAGUAAAAUCCUUCUGUUGUGGAGGCAAACCGAUACAAAAUCUACUGGUUCAACAUCGUCGAGAUACUCUACAUCCUCGAACUUACUUGACCUUUCACACCUGGUGAGUAAGACCACAGAAGAAGAAGAAUUACUUAAACUUGAACAUCAUAAUAGCAUGAAGGAGAGUACAGCCUCUCAUGUAGUUAGUUCUAAAGUUUCAAAUGAAGGGAAUGCCGAGGAAGAAGAAGAAGAAGAUAUCGAUGCUCAACUGGAUUUGAGAGAAAUGUUAUCUGUUUCACCUUUGACAAUUCUUGUCAACCAAAACCCUUUGGAUUCUUCUGAACAAUCGAAGGCCAUAGUGCAAAAGGUAACCAGUAUCAUUAAAGGGUUGAACAUUACCCCACAACCAGUAUUUGUCAAGUUGUAUAAACAUCCACACUACAGGCAAUUGGUUAAUUAUUUAAAAACAUAUCAAAGUCACGCACUCACGAACUCAGGCGAUGAAUUAGAAGGCUUAUUAUUAGACACCCCAAUGGAUGCCAUUCCUUCUGUGUUUAUUUCAGGUGUACCGGUUGGAAGUUACAACUCGGUCAUUGAAAUGCACAAGGAAAGAACCUUGGCUACAUUUUUAAGGACAAAUGGAAAAGGUCGGAUUACGGUCGAAUAGAGGGAUAUAGGAUCACUUACACAUAU